CAACAGCAAGAGAAGAGUUCGACCAAUCAUAGCGCUGGGUUCAUUCCCCAAAUUGCAAGCGGAGAUGAUUGACAGAUGCGUACGUCCUAUAAUUAAAAAGAGACUGAAAAUCGACACCAAUAAAGAAUCCCGCUCGAUCGCGCUUCCACUCGCAAGCUCCCCGGGUCUGACUGAUUUAAUCGAGGACAGUAGGCCUACAGUCACGGUACUUCUCCUGAAGAUGUUCAGUUCCGGAAAAGUGGUCAAGUUAUACUAUGACGUUGCCUCUCCUUACUCCUGGCUGGCAUUUGAGGUGCUGUUUCGUUAUAGAAGCAUUUGGAACAUCGACCUCAAAUUGAAACCAGCUUAUUUAGGAGGAGUCAUUCAUGGCUCAGGUAACAUGCCCCCUGGAUUUAUCCCAAAUAAGAUUCAGUACAUGGCCUCAGAUCUGAAGCUGCUGUCUGAGUACUUUGAGGUCCCUAUGGUUAAAAGUUCAAAACCUUAUGAGUCAGACUCUUUGGUUCCGAUGCGAUUUGUGACAGCUGUGGCAGAGCAGGACAAAGAGGGAGACUUGCUGGAAAGGGUGUCUAGAGAGCUGUGGAAAAGAAUGUGGUGCACUCAUCAGGACAUUACCCAGCCUGCCUCAUUGAUUGAGGUGGGAUUAAAUGCAGGUCUUUCAACCAAUGAGGUGGAGGAAAUUCUGACCCUUGCCAAAUCUCAGCCAAUCAAAGACAAGCUGAAGAGUGUCACAAAGGAAGCACUGGAGUUUAAGGGGAGAAGUGGAUGGGGCCUCGGCCUACCAAUCUCACAGCCACAAUAUGAUCACUACUCUUCCAUACUCUGUAGAUUUUGACUUCUAAAUAAAAAUUUGGUGGUGUAAAUUCA